UUCCCUCAUGUGUGAAAUAAGCCUUGUGAAGGACACAUGUUAAAAAGGACGAUUUUGUAAGAUAAGCGCCUAUAGUUUAAGAUUGUAACGUACAUAACAAUUUAAUAAACAAUCAGAUUCAGUAAAAAUUUAUAAUUUAACUUUCGGUUUUCAUAAAAUAUUGUGUAAUUUCCGGUCAUGCACUUGCCAAAACAGAUUUUAAUAGCAAUGGAUGGACGCAGUGAGAUUUUUCACGAAUGUUCACGAUGGUAACGAUGAUGAUUAAAUGCCAUAUUGUGAGAAAAUCAGAUACUACUUACGAAUGGACACUCUUAGUUUUCCUGAUCUUCAUACUAAAUGUUGAUUCAUUCAAUUUGAAAUGUCCUUCACAAGCGAACUGGAAAUUUCGGGCCAAAGUAAAGUGUAACAGCACCUUGAAAUACUUUUGUUUGUACAAUAAUGUGGAAAGGAAGUAUGUUGAGGGAUGUGAUGGACCGGAUUGGGACAGAAAAGGAAGUAAGCGAAUUUUUGCUGGAUACUUUACCAGAGAACAAUGUAUACAGGAACGCUUCCAGCCCAUUAAAUUCAGGACAAAUGAAAGCAUGAGUGACUGUGUAUAUGCUAAAUCAAUCUGCAGUGAAGAAGGACAAUUAAUGCAAAAAGAAAAUUCAACAAAGGAUGACAGAACAUGUCGGUGUGAUCAUAGAAAGAACUAUUCAUUUAUUCAUACUCCAAGAAAUUUGUGUUUUUGCAUUCCAACAAAAGAAGACUGUUCUUGUUUCAUUAGAUCAUGUCCAGCAAACUAUACUCUGUCAUCAGAUUAUAAAUGUAUUCAAAGCGGCUACCAGGAAAAACCAAAAUGUAUAGACGAUAAAUAUUACGUAACAGUGGAUGACACUAACAGGGUCCUCAUCGAAAGGAAUGAAACGUGGUUAAGUGUUCCAACUUUCAAGCUCAAGUUCAAGUGGAGGGACACACCUGACGCAACCAUAUUGUUUAUUAUUUGUGUCAUGCAUAUAAUUGUUGCAGUAGGAUUUUUCUUUGCUGUUUUAAUACACUAUUUGGCUAAAGAACAUCUAUUGCAUUGUUUGUCAGGACCCAUUCAGAUAAAAAAAGGUAGAAUCAGCAUUAAUGGUAAUCGUUCAAGUGUAGACCUACAAUCUUUAAAAGUAUAUAUUGGAAUUGAUCAAAUAGAUUCUGAGAUAGACGACAUCACAGCAAGCGAAAAUGUGUCGAUGGAUACCAUUGACGGAAAUGAUCAUGUAUCAUGUGAUAGAACUUCAGAUGAUAAAGGACAGAGUAUUUACAAUAUAUAAUAUAUAAUUAGAAUAACGAACAUAACUUUUUAAAUACAUUUUUAUCUGUAUUUAUAUAUAAUUGCAAAAUAUAAACACAUUUAUCUUCAAGACAAAGUGAAAUACUAAAUAACGACUUUGCAUAUUUAUUUCAAAGGUCAAAUAGGUGCGUCUGUGGCCUAGUGGUGUAAUAAAUUCAACUACUAGCCUGUCAACACUGAGGUUGUGAGUUCGAGUCCCGCACGUCGCAGGUGUGUUCAACUACCGCGUUUUCCAGUAAUGACUUGAACUGCAUUUACCUAUUUGACCUCACGUGGCAGGUGCGUUCGACUCCAAUUUAAUUGACCAGGAUUGUCAAUGUUCCUAGCGAAGGUGUGCUUCACUCCGAUUAUUAAGACUUCAUCCGCCAAUAAAAACUGACAGCAACGAAAUCGUCAACUGUCCUGAAAUCGGCGUUAAACACCAAUCAAUCGAACAAACAAUCAAUGAUCAAUUCAUAUACAGAAUACUAACAGAUGAGAACGUGUAGUUUAUCCGAUUUUGCGAAUACUGAUUGAGUUCAUUUGUAUAUUUACAUUUAUCUUACCUUCUAUAGAUUUAUGGGGAUAUGAUUGGUUAAUCGACUACACGUGGUGACCAUAUAUAUUUCAUAUAGGUUGUCCUAAAAAAUACAUUGUUAGUUACCAUAUACGGUUAGCAACCAUAUGGAGUUAGUAAGGGGUUACUUCCCUUUUAAAAAAAAAUGACAUCUGAAAGGUUUUAAACAGACGAGGUAACUGGUAAUAAACGAUUGAAAUACAUUCAUAAAACAAAUUUAAAGCUAACACGUUGUUAUUGUUGGCAUUUGUUUUUUGUAUAGACAAAUAAAAGUAGGUUCUUAAACAUGUUAAAAUUAAGUAUUGAAGUCUUUUAAAUCACUUUGAUAGGCCGCUAGUCUUAAUACCACAUGGGAAGAUAGUCGGUAAGAUAAAUUCGUUACACGGUGUGAUAGUGACCAAAUACGAUAUAUAUGGGGUCAGUAAGUUUCAUAUGGGGAUUCGAGCGUCGCUCAUACCCCAUAUGGAAUUUACUGACCCCAUAUAUAUCGUAUUAGGUCACUAACACACUAUGUAACUAAUAAUAUAUGUUAUUAGUCCCCUACCGACGAAGUCGAAGGGGACUUUAGGUUUGCACUCUGUCCGUCUGUCUGUCGUACCGUCCGUCUGUCCAUCCGUCAGUCCGGCAACUCAGCUUUCCACACUUUUUUUCUUCGUUCUUGAAGAUAUUGAUUUGAUAUUUGGUAUAUAGUUUUAUCAUGACAAGUUAUAGAUCAAGUUCGAAUUUUGUUCCGGUCUGAUGAUUUAGUCCAGAGUUAUGGUCCAUGAAAAAACUCCAUAACUAAUGUGAGUGUACUAUGUUAAACCAUAUAAUCUGUACAAAGGGAGAUAACUCAUUUUUUAAAAGACAUUCUUUGGUAAAUUGUUUGAGGAAUUUUGUGGCAGGUUUAUAUGUUAUUUUGUAUAAACUAAUUUUCUGAAUGCCACAUGUAUAUAUAUCUAUUUUUUUUUAU